AUGAACGUCUCGGGCUGCCCAGGGGCCGGGAACGCGAGCCAGGCGGGCGGCGGGGGAGGCUGGCACCCCGAGGCGGUCAUCGUGCCCCUACUCUUCGCGCUCAUCUUCCUCGUGGGCACCGUGGGCAACACGCUGGUGCUGGCGGUGCUGCUGCGCGGCGGCCAGGCGGUCAGCACCACCAACCUGUUCAUCCUCAACCUGGGCGUGGCCGACCUGUGUUUCAUCCUGUGCUGCGUGCCCUUCCAAGCCACCAUCUACACCCUGGACGGCUGGGUGUUCGGUUCGCUGCUGUGCAAGGCGGUGCACUUCCUCAUCUUCCUCACCAUGCACGCCAGCAGCUUCACGCUGGCCGCCGUCUCCCUGGACAGGUAUCUGGCCAUCCGCUACCCGUUGCACUCCCGCGAGCUGCGCACGCCUCGAAACGCGCUGGCAGCCAUCGGGCUCAUCUGGGGGCUGUCGCUGCUCUUCUCCGGGCCCUACCUGAGCUACUACCGCCAGUCGCAGCUGGCCAACCUGACCGUGUGCCAUCCCGCGUGGAGCGCCCCUCGCCGCCGCGCCAUGGAUAUCUGCACCUUCGUCUUCAGCUACCUGCUUCCGGUGCUGGUUCUCGGCCUGACCUACGCGCGCACCCUGCGCUACCUCUGGCGCGCCGUCGACCCGGUGGCCGCGGGCUCGGGUGCCCGGCGCGCCAAGCGCAAGGUGACACGCAUGAUCCUCAUCGUGGCCGCGCUCUUCUGCCUCUGCUGGAUGCCCCACCACGCGCUCAUCCUCUGCGUGUGGUUCGGCCAUUUCCCGCUCACGCGCGCCACUUAUGCGCUUCGCAUCCUCUCGCACCUGGUCUCCUACGCCAACUCCUGCGUCAACCCCAUCGUUUACGCGCUGGUCUCCAAGCACUUCCGCAAAGGCUUCCGCACGAUCUGCGCGGGACUGCUGGGCCGUGCCCCACGCCGAGCCUCGGACCGUGUGUGCGCUGCCGCGCGGGGCACCCACAGUGGCAGCGUGCUGGAACGCGAGUCCACCGACCUGUCGCACGUGAGCGAGGCGGCGGGGGCCCUUCGUCCCUGCCCCGGCGGUUCCCAGCCACGCACCCUCGAGCCCGGUCCCGGCCCGUCCUGGCAGGGCCCAAAGGCAGGCAACAGCAUCCUGAUGGCUGAUGUGACCUGAAAGCACUCAGCGGGCGCGCUCGGAUGUUACAGAGUUGGAGUCAUUGUUGGGGGACCGUGGGGAGAGCUUUGCCCGUUAAUAAAACGCACAAACCAUUUAACAUGCA